AUGAUGCAAUCCCUAGCUGUUUCUCUCCGAUCAUCACCGUCGUUUCACCGAUUUUCUCCGCCGUUGGACCCUCAAGGCACCGCCAUUUCCGGUCGAAGCCGAACCAGUCCGACUUCGCUUUCGUUCCGCAUUCGUAGUCCGCUUCGUUGUGUUCUUCAAUCUCCGUCUCUAGUUGCGGAUAAAGCAGAGUUCCUUGAAGCUUCAAAGAAAGGGAAUUUGGUGCCACUUCACAGAUGCCUAUUUGCUGAUCACUUGACACCGGUGCUUGCUUACCGCUGUCUGGUUAACGAAGAUGAUCGGGAGGUUCCUAGCUUUCUUUUUGAGUCGGUGGAACCUGGUUUUCUAUCUUCACAAGUUGGUCGAUACAGCGUGGUUGGAUCUGAGCCAUCAAUUGAAGUUAUGGCUAAAGAAAAUAAUGUCACCAUUGUGGAUCAUACGAAAGGGAGUUUGAUUGAGAAAGUCAUUGAUGAUCCUUUGGAAAUUCCAAAAGGUCUCUCCGAUGGUUGGAAACCUCAACUUCUUGAUGGCCUUCCUGAUACAUUUUGCGGUGGGUGGGUUGGUUAUUUUUCGUACGACACAGUUCGCUACGUAGAGAAGAAGAAGCUCUUGUUUAUAGAUGCACCAGUAGAUGACAGGAAUCUACCAGACCUUCAUCUCGGAUUGUAUGAAGAUGUGAUUGUGUUUGAUCAUGUGCAAAAGAAAGCGUAUGUAAUUCACUGGGUGAGGCUUGAUCAGUAUUCAUCUAUUGAAGAAGCUUAUGAAGAUGGAAUUAAACGGUUGGAGAUAUUGGUGUCUAGAGUACAUGAUGUUGAUGCCCCAAGGUUAUCUCCGGGUUCUGUGGAGUUAAGCACCCACCAAUUCGGGACUCCUCUGGACCAGUCAAGCAUGACCAGUGAAGAAUACAUGGCGGCAGUAAUGCAAGCAAAAGAACAUAUUCUGGCAGGUGAUAUUUUCCAGAUUGUUUUAAGCCAACGCUUUGAACGCCGGACAUUUGCAGAUCCCUUUGAGAUCUACAGAGCUUUAAGAGUUGUGAAUCCAAGUCCAUACAUGACUUAUUUGCAGGCUCGAGGGUGUAUCUUGGUUGGUUCAAGCCCAGAAAUUCUCACUCGUGUGAAAAACAAUAUGGUCGUUAAUAGACCUUUAGCUGGGACUGUAAGAAGAGGAAGGACUGCUGAUGAAGAUAAAGAGUUGGAGCAUCAGCUGCUAAAUGAUGAAAAACAAUGUGCUGAACACAUCAUGCUGGUUGACUUGGGACGGAAUGAUGUUGGAAAGGUCUCGAAAUCUGGCUCAGUGAAUGUGGAAAAGCUUAUGACUGUUGAGCGGUACUCACAUGUGAUGCAUAUCAGUUCCACUGUGACGGGGGAGUUGCGUGAUGAUCUCACUUGCUGGGACGCCCUUCGUUCUGCACUUCCUGUUGGAACAGUCAGUGGCGCUCCAAAGGUCAAGGCCAUGGAACUGAUCGAUAAACUGGAAGCUACGAGACGUGGGCCCUAUAGUGGAGGGUUCGGGUGGAUUUCGUUUUCUGGCGAAAUGGACAUUGCGCUCUCUCUUAGGACCAUGGUGUUCCCAACUGGAGCCCGGUUUGAUACGAUGUAUUUAUACAAGGAAGACACGAAGCGAAAACAAUGGGUGGCGCACCUUCAAGCCGGUGCUGGUAUUGUUGCGGAUAGCGUUCCAGAGGACGAGCAACAGGAGUGCCAAAACAAAGCGGCUGGUCUGGCUCGAGCGAUCGAUCUGGCGGAGUCCGCUUUUUGCAAAUGAUUUUAAUGGUGGCGAAAAAGAAUAGGUCAGAAUGAGAUAGGGUUUGUCUUUGUUGUUGCAAAUACGUAGUUGAUACCGUAGAAUCAAAAACAAAGCUUUAUCCAAUACUGUUUUCCUUUUUAUUAAUAGGAAAAAGAACCUGAAUGACGAGAGAUUACC